GGAGAAAGACGACGGAAUCCGAGUGGAACACGGCACGUGCCAAUCGCAAAGAGAAGAAGAAGAGAAGCCUGACAAAAGUCCCUCUGUUUCGAAGGCCGUCGCUACAAAUUCUUCCCUGAGCGGAAGCCGCUUCGAGCUCCCUGACAUGUGCCUUGUCUCCUCGAGGGAGGCCAUCGCCAUCGUUGUCGCAUGCAUGUUCAUCAACGCCUUCAACGUGACCUACGUGCUGAGGCCCGAGAUAAAGCGACAACUCAGCAAGCAGGCUUGGUUCGCCUAUGUUCCCGAUGUACACGACGUGGGCAAGUUUGUGGGUCAUGACACGUCGAACUACAUCCAGCUAGGCCUGGCCGGAAUAAGCAUCCUCUUUGACGCGUUCAUUCUUGUCGGAACCAUCCAAGUCAUUCCCGAACUACUGGAUGCCGGAUGCGUAUGGCAUUACGUUGACCUAGGGGCUGAUUUCAUCGUGGGCUUGGCGUCGGCCAAUUACACGAGACCCCGGAUCAUCCAGCGCAAAACCGAGAUCGUCCACAAGUCCCUGCACAGAUCGGGCUGCGCGGGUGCGACUCCGUGUGAUCCCACCAUGGCGCCGACUACCACUGUUCCGAACGCGACGGACGAUGCGCCGGACGACGGAGCGGAACCGCGCGGCGCUAACGACAGCAGCAGCCGUCGCCGGACGCUCGCAGCGCCGACGGCGCAGGGCGACGGCCAGGGACCACUCGGAAACGAGCGCUCCGUUCAUCUCGCCUCAGCCAUGCGCCCGUUGCAAGCUCGAGGGACAGAAAAUGCGUAUCAGAGAGAAGAGGAAAGCAGCUUCAGCGUUCUCCUGGAACCGCCCACGGUGCGGCAGUUUCUUCACUUCUCUUACGUCAUAAUGCGAGCCGCUGUUAAGUUUCAGAAGCUGGGAAUGCUUGGCAGCAUGAGCCGCAUGAUGAAACCCUAGCAGCCCGCAGCAGAUGUGAAGCAGGGUUAAGAUGUUUUGCUCAAGCUGCCCGGUCUUUUUACUUAUGUGACCGCAGCUCGUGUUUACAUGUAUGCUAUUAAAACCUAUUCCUUAGCCCUA